CUUCCAUAUCUUAGAAAUAACAUUACAGAAUUACCGUGAGUGAGACUUAGAGAGAGAGAGAGAGAGAGAGAGAGAGUGAACUUUCACGGUUCAUUGCUACUGCAAACUGUAACAGCUCGAUCAGGUUGGUUAACGCGGUUGCCACACAGGCUGCAAUGGACAACAAGCGUGAGCUUUCAUUUAAGAGAGCAUCCUUUAUGAAGGUGAUCGAGGACGAAUUCACCAAGAAGCUGCAAAUACCCCAAGCUUUCACAAAGAUCUUUGAAGAACGCGUACCACCAUGGCUCAUCUUAGAGAUUGCAGGAACCAGAAAAUGUUGGAGAGUAGACAUAGAAGAGGAUGGAAAUGGUGGGUUGUUUCUCAGUUGCGGUUUUGAUUGCUUUGCAAAAGCGAAUUCUUUGGAAGUUGGAAACUUCUUGCUCUUUGAGCUUGAAGAACCAUCCAUUCUCCAAGUGAAAAUUUACGAGAAAGACGGUUCAGAAAAGACGACAGUAGCAGGAACGACAACUUUUGAGUACGAAGUUGGACCCUUUGAAUCUAAAAGACAAACUCCGAUAGUCCACCAAGAAGGAGAAGCAAGUCCAUGGCCUACAAUGCCGCCUUCUGUUCAAUAUGGAGUGUAUGAGAAGAAGCAGAACAUUACUGACUGGAUUAAAAGGAAGAGAGGUAUAGUGUCAGAUACUAAACACGGUUUGCGUUUCUCUCUGAUUUGGAGAAAGGCUAAACACUUCACUUAUUAUCUGACAAUUCCAAAGGCAAUGGUGAGAGGAAAGACAUUCUCGGACAAAGACGCGGUAGUACUCCAGGACCGAGAAGGAAAGAACUGGCGAGUAGAGCUGAAACUGAGGCCUGAUGGUCGUUUGGAUUUCGCUCAAGGAUGGAGGGAUUUUGUGAAAGACAACGAAUUAAGAACCGGUGACACAUUGGUCUUUGAGUUUGUAUCGAACAAUGUGAUUCAAGUUCAUGUGGGACGGACUUCUCAACUUGAUCAUAAUCCUUACCAAAGAGAACAAGAUUGCAAACUUGAACCAACGGAACGUAAUAACAUGGCAUGUGAAAAUGAUCAGGAGCUUCCUGCUAACUGUACCAUCAAUAAUAAUGCACCUGUAAUGGUGGGUAAAUACGAGCCAGUUACGUUUGGAUCGCAAAGCCCUUCAUUCUCUUUUACUUGGAAGCAGAAAACAAAAAAUAAUUCAUAUUUGCACGUUCCGAAAGCAAUAGCAAGCAGGCAGAAGCUGCAGCACAAAGACAUAGUAGUGCUAUGUGAUCCACAAGGAAGGAAAUGGUUAAUGGAAGCUAAAACUAGACAAACAGACGGCCGUGUGGGAUUCGGCCGUGGAUGGAUUGAUUUUUCAAAAGCAUACGGGUUCCGAGCUGGUGACACUUUAGUUUUCGAGUUUGUGAGUGACCGUACAAUGAAAGUGCAAAUAAUCAAAGCUUGUAACUUGAACGAUCAUGCUGUAAUGACAGGACCUAUCGUAAAGCCGGAUGUUAUCGAGCUUCACUAAAUGCUCGAUCCAUGGCCAUGGUGAUGCAAUCUGUGUGAUACUACUAGAUUAGAAAAUUUUGGAUGGUUAUCUUGUAAUGGAGCUUAAUUAACCAUGUUUAUCUGGCUUUUGAUUUUGUUUUUUGUCCAAUGGAGAACAUGUAGUCAUGUACUUCUUAACAGUCCAACUGUAAGACUAAUUGCUACUGUAAGACGAAUUGCGACUGUAAUUAAAUACUUUCAUUUCUAUAUCA